AUGUCCCUCCUGCAGUGUCCCCGGCAAUGUAAUCCGGCAGAUGCAGGCAUCUGUCAUCUGGGUUCCAUCCCCUGCGAGCGUCAGGACGUACGGGGGGACGGAACGGCGGGAAAUUUGAAAAUGACAAAAAUAAAACAUUACUGUAUCAAACCAUUUCACAUACAUUUUGUCCCUACUGCUUUGUCCUGUGCCCUGCCUACAUUUUGACUGUUCUUUCUGCCUGGAAACUGAGAAAUGUCCAUGGCAUCCAAAAAGUGUCCCUUUAGGUCAAAAGCGGUUUUAGACCAACUAGAGAACAGCGAUAGUAAAUCAGGACUACUUGCAGAAUUGA